CAUCCGCGAGGGAAAGAUCGUACGUUUCUCCAUCUCCACAAGUCAGAAAAGUAAAGCGAGCGAGCGGCUGCUGACGAUAAAAUCAGGUACCCAUGGAAGUGACCGUUGCGCUCCUCGAGAGCGCCAUGAAGGAAGCCAUCAAGUCGCAGGGAAAGAGUAAAUUCCUGAUCGACGGGUUCCCGCGGAAGCUUGAUCAGGCGUACAAAUUCGAGCAGGAGGUGUGUCCGAGCGCGUUCACGCUGUUCUUCGAUACGACCGAGGACGUGAUGCUAGCGCGCUUGUUGAAGCGCGGGGAGACGAGCGGCCGUACCGACGACAAUAUCGAGAGCAUCCGCAAGAGGUUUCGUACGUUCAAGGAGACGAGCUAUCCCGUCGUCGAGCACUUUAGGACCUUGGGGAAGGUCGUCGAUGUCGAUGCGGCGGAUUCCCCCGUCGGUGUCUAUGCACAUGUUAAAGAGCAGCUGAAGGGCCUGCUGGAGACCGUGGAGAAACAGGGUGUUUAGGAUUUGGGUUUCGCUUGGGCUGCAUGGAGUUGUGAAUUUGGUCGGGUUGGAUUCCCUUGGGUUUAAUAGGUUGGGUCUGUUUCUUUUUUGGCUUUUAGCUCUGGUGACUACAUUUUGUUUCGACGUUUCCUUUGUUAGUAUACCACGGUGGUAGGAGUAGAGCACUUAAAUACCAAGAGCCCGGCGUAGAGAAGGGGAGGAGGAAGAGGGGGAGGAGAAGGAGAAUAUGAAGUAAAACUGAAGUCAUCGUGAUCCCAGUGCGAGCGAGCGAGCGGGUAAAUCCAAAAAGUAGUGGCUUUACUCUACCGUGCAAGGGAUCACGUUCUGAACGCGACUUCCCGC